AUGGAAAGGGCUACAGUCAACACUUAUUCUCAAAAGAAGGAGGAACAUAGAGUGACCUAUAAGUGUGGAGGAAGGAGUCCUCUCUUUGGAACAGGUCCCAGCAGUUCAACAAUAAUCAAAGCCAACAUUUCCAUUGAUGCAAACGUCCCUGCUGCUCCAAACACAUCCAGCAGCAACUAUUUGAUGACCGCUAGCAAAGACACAUUUACAACUGAUAUCCCCACAUAUAAAAAUCCCUUUGUUUCAUCUGAACUACAAUGGACGGGUCCAACAAUUAUAGGUGCUACAGUUCCUGUUUAUGCCACGUCUGCUGAUCUUAAAGAUUCAACGCGCAGUAGCCGAACAUCCACAACUACUAAAAAACCUGCUACAGCAGUCAACAACCAUCCAGUUAAAAAGUUUGUGGCAGCGGCUGUUCGCUCUCAUUUUGACGACUGUCCAGACUCCCACCAACAUUUCUGCUUCCAUGGCACGUGUCGCUUCCUGAUACUGGAGGAGACGCCGGCAUGUGUGUGCCACCCAGGUUUCGUUGGACUGAGGUGCGAGCACGCAGACCUGCUCGCUGUGGUGGCCACCAAUCACAGGCAGCAGGCCGUUGCUACAGCGCUGGUGCUGUGUGUGAUCGGCUGUGUCCUCAUUAUGGUGUUGUGUUCUUUCUUGCAUUACUGGUGGAGGCAGGACUGUCGGAGGCAAACUCGUGCACAUCUCUAUGUGACAGAAAAACAUGGAGCAUCCUACUAUCCACCGGAGAGUGUGGUUUGACGAGACAUUUUGUUGGAACUUGAGCGUUUUGCAUCACUGUGUUUCUCAUCUGUGCGGCCCGGCAACUCAGGAUCGGAUCAGAACAAUACAGAAC